GGAGAGGAAGGGAGAGUGGAACACUAGGAGGAGUAAGAGAAGGAGGAGGAGGAGGAGGAGGAGGAGGAGGAGGAGAGAUUUACUGGGAGUGGGCGGAGUCCAUUAUAACGAGGGGAGAGGAGUGAGAGGAGUGAGGGGAGAGCGCCCCGCCCACACACCACAAAUCCUCUCCCACUAUUGGCCGCGGAAGUCACAACCCCGCCCAGGCAGUAGCGCGGAAGAUGCCAGUUAAUGCCGACCCGCCGCGCCGCCCUCGCCCGUCGCUCAGCACGCCCCCUGCGGCGCCCCUCCUGCAGCCGCCGCGCCCCUCAGCUCCCUCAGCCUCAGGGAAGCCCUCAGGGACGCCGUGGAGGGACGUGGAAGCCGCCAAGCCAGAAAGAAAUUAAGUAAAUGACGAAAAAAAUCCACCGCUUCAGGAUUUGCACAACUCCAUUCCUUCUCCUCGCCGCUCCGCUCUCCCGGCGCUCACCCCUCCCUCUCCCUUGCCCUCUCCCUCCCUCCCGCCUGGAAAAAAGCGGCGAAGUGGGCGGAAAAUUCUGGCAACCGGAGCAAACUUUAGGCAACCAUGAUGGCAGCUCUUGAUAUGCCCCCACAUGGCGGAAACGCCCGCACUCCCCCGCCCGCGUCCACAAGCACAGCAGCCCCGGUCCUCCUCACGAGCCACAUCCGCACCGGUUAUACGCCCCUGCCGCCCAAGGGAGGGGGGAAAAGAGGAGGAAGGAGACGGAGGAAGAUAGAGAUAGAGAGAAAGAGAGAGAGAGAGAGAGUGUGUGUUGAGAGAGAGCGAGAGAGCGGAGCCAAGGAAGGCGGUCGCUCGCUCCCUCAUUUGCUUCCUCACUCACCGUCUUGUUUCUCGCUCCGACCUGCCGCCGCCUCCUCCGCCGCCGCCGCCGCCGCCGCCGCCGCCGCCGCCGCCACCGCCGCCGCGAUAUCUUGGGACUUCCGCCGUGGUGACUUUAUCUCAAGUGUUUUCCUGGCGUGUCGUUGACCUCCUGCUGUGACCCCUGUGAGCACCAGUGAUCAGACACGAACGCACGCCCGCUCACGCACACCAAUGCACGUACAGACCCGCACACUCACGCACGUGCAACCUAUCAUGACCGUGUGCUGAUGCCCCGCAGAGUGACCAGCCCCGUGACCUCACCUGACCCCGCGUGACUUCAGCGAGACAAUUCAGCCAACCAGACCAGACCAAGAUGACCCUCAGACCAGCGUGAGGUGACCCAGUCUGACCCAACACAACGUCGCCGUUGCCGCCUGACUAACCUGUGACUUGGCGCUGCCCACAUGACCUGAAUCGACGCACUGUGACCUGACCGCGCCGCGACCCGAGAGAGACACGUGCUGGGGAGCGGUCGUGCCCCCGGCUGACGCCCCUCGCCCCUGUGGCCGCCCGCACCUCGUCUCCAUGACAAUGCUGGACCUCAAAAGUUCCACGCCAGACUACCUGCCCAGGACGGGGCCGCUGUCCAACUUCUCGAUGCUCUUCACGGGUAAUUAUAUAGACCCAAGCUACAAAUCUGCCUGGGGGUCUCCUGCCUCCCCAGCCUCCCAGACGCAAGGUUACCCCCACAACAGCCUGGGAAUGACUAAGUCCUCCCUCGAUGCCCACAGUCCGCACCUCCGCCAGCCAGAUCCUUAUCAGAUGUUUGGACCAACCAGCAGCAGGCUCGCCUCCUCAGGCUCGGGGCAGAUCCAGCUGUGGCAGUUUCUCCUGGAGCUCCUCUCAGACUCGUCCAACGCCAACUGCAUCACGUGGGAGGGCACCAACGGAGAGUUUAAACUGACAGACCCUGACGAGGUGGCGCGCCGCUGGGGGGAGAGAAAGUCCAAGCCCAACAUGAACUACGACAAGCUAUCAAGGGCACUGAGAUAUUACUACGACAAGAACAUUAUGACGAAGGUGCACGGCAAGAGAUAUGCCUAUAAGUUCGAUUUCCAGGGUCUUGCCGCCGCCACGCAGCCCGCUGGCACUGACCCCACCGCGUAUAAGUACCAGAGUGACCUGUUCAUGUCCUCUUACCACCCGACCACCAAACUCAACUUCAUGAGCACUCACACGGGCAUCCCAUCCUCCGCAGGUGAGGAUCUAGCAGCCAGCAUCUUCCAGUCGCCAACCUCGUACUGGACCAACCCCAGUGCCAACCUUUACUCGAACAUCGCCGCCGCCUCGGGCCACACCAUGACGCACCACCCCUCCCACAUGACGUCACACAUCUCCUCCGCCUACCCGCACUACGCAUGACAGUCUCUCUUCUCCAAUUGGUGCACCCAGCCGUCGCGCGAGGCCGUCUCCCUCCCUGAUUGGUCCUCCACCUUCCAACAAGUGUCCAGUCUCGAGGAGCAGCAGUAGUAGCGCGUGGGCCGAGGUUGAUCUCUAUACAAGACUGCAUUGGCCAAGAUAAUGAAUUAAUGCUGCUACUACUGACUAACUCGAGUCGUGGUUCUUGUACUGACUCACUCAUAUACUCAGUCUCUCUCCCUCACUCACUGUCUCACUCACUCACUCACUCACUUCCUUCCUUCCUCUUUGAGUAUUACUGUAAAAGGUUGUAUAUGUAUAUGUACGUACGUUAUGUCAAAAAAAUACUUAAUGAUGAUGAUAAUGAUAAAAAAAUAAGUAAGUAAGGGAGGUGGUGGUGGUGAUGGUGGUUGUGGUGGUGAUGGCUGUGGUGUAGCAGAGAAGAAGGAAGGCGAGUGUUUUGUUUUUAUUUUUGUGGUGGAGGUGAUGUGUGUGUGUGUGUGUGUGUGUGUGUGUGUGUGUGUGUGUGUGUGUGUGUGUGUGUAUGUGUGAUUAUUAUUAUUAUUAUUAUUACUAUUAUUAUUAUUAUUAUUAUUAUUUUUGUUAUCUUGCGGCGGCCGUGUUGUUGUGAUGACGCCAGUUCUUCACGGUAGAAUUACUGUGUCCUCCUCCUCCUCCUCCUCCUCCUCCUCCUCCUCCUCCUCCUCCUCCUCCUUUUCCUCCUCCUCCUCUGCACGUCCUCUUUUUCUUGAGUUUCCGUUUCUGUCUCCUCCUUAUGCUAUUCCUCCUCCUCCUGCUCCUCCUCCUCCUCCUCCUCCUCCUCUGUUUCGACGUCACGGUGCCGCUGCAGCGUUGCCAAUCUCAGCACUAUUGCCAAGUCUCCUUCUAGUCCGCCAUCUAGUCUGCCGUGUGUGUGUGUGUGUGUGUGUGUGUGUGUGUGUGUGUGUGUACAAAGUUUUGUGUGUAAUCUUGUGACUUCCUGUAUGUACAUAUUUCAAGUCCUCAUGGCCCAGUGUGUGUGUGUGUGUGUGUGUGUGUGUGUGUGUGUGUGUGUGUGUGUGUGUGUGUGUGUUGUCCCAGAACUAAGGCAAGACCUGUGUAUAAUCCAUAAAAAACAGUAAUGAAAACAAGAAGAACGAAAAGAAAGAAAAAAGUAUCAACAACAACAACAACAACAACAACAACAACAACAACAACAACAACAACAAUAACAAGAACCCUCCAUUUAUACAAGCAAACAAACUACAGGCAGAAAUAAAGCCGAAAAAAAAGAAAGAAAAAAAAAACGGUUAAAAACUCCAAUAAUAACUCGCUAAUGGAAAACACAACCACGCAAUUAUCCAACUCACGACCUCAUCCACUCAGCCACUCAGCCAUUCAUUCACUCCUCCACCAGCGAGCCUCUCUCCUCCACCAGCCACAGCCUCUCCUCUCCACCUGCUCUGUGUCGUCUCUCCGCUGAAAGGACACGAACCAAGUCAAGCUGGACACGACCCGAAGAACUGAAAGGAUAUCCAUUGAAUCAUGAGAGAGAGAGAGAGAGAGAGAGAGAGAGAGAGAGAGAGAGAGAGAGAGAGAGAGAGAGAGAGAGAGAGAGAGAGAGAGAGAGAGAGAGAAGUCCUCAAAUUUCUCCCUCCUCCUCCUCCUCCUCCUCCAUCUCAUCUUCGUCAGGAACAUCUCACUUAAGAUUCCCGGUGAAAAAAGUUACACAAAGAAACUCAAAGGAAGACUAAAACAGCAACAUACUUGUUGUUGUCACAGAGAAGAAAAAACAGUGAUGGACGCAGCAUGUGGCGCGCGUGUGUGUGCGUGCGUGUGCGUGUGUGUGUGUGUGAAGAGCGUAAAGGGAGUGAGGAAAUUCAAAUGGCAGUGAAGGAAAUCCGCGGGAAGUUGCAGGAAAUGAGUGAGUAAUGAAGGAACGCUAUUGAACGGCGAGGGAAAGAAGGAAAGACUGAAGGAAGGAAGGAGGCACUGAAAAUUGAAGGAGGGAAGGUCAGUUAGCGAGAGGUAACAUUUUUUUCUUGAUGAGAGUGAGUAAUGAAGGAACGCUGUUGAACGGCGAGAGAAAGAAGAAAUAAAGGAACGAAAGAAAAGGAACGAACGAACUAAAGGAAGGAGAAAUGAAAGAGGGAAAGUUAGUUAGCUAUAAGUGACAUUUUGUGCUUCACGAGUGAGUAAUGAAGGGACGCUAUUGAACGGCGAGGGAAAGAAGGAAGGAACAAAAGAAGGAAGGAAGGAGGCACUGAGGAGUGGAAGAGGAGAUCAUCUAGCUACAAGUGAUAUGAGGGAAGGUUAGAUAGCAAAGGUGGUGUUUUCUGGUUGAUGAAUGCGAGUUGAACCUUCUUGCAUCCGCCAAAGAGAGAGAGAGAGAGAGAGAGAGAGAGAGAGAGAGAGAGAGAGAGAGAGAGAGAGAGAGAGAGAGAGAGAGAGAGAGAAGCUGAAAGUGAAGAUGUAAUGUAAAAAGUGAAGUGACUCCUUUCGUCAAUAAAAAAAAAUAAAAGAUAAUAAUGGAAAGAAAAUAAAAGAAAAUUCUGAAUAUAUAUAUGAAAGUGAUGAUUUAAGAGGAAGUGAAAGAAAAAGAUAGGAAACACAUUCCCUUCCCUAAGAUAAAAACAAAAUACAGUAAUAAGAUAAAUGAAAAAAAUCACUUCCCUAAGAAAGAAAAAGUAAAAGGAAAGACUGUAAUAAGAAAAAGUUAUAAAAAAGCAAAUAAUGAUCCUUCCUCUUGAAAUGCUUGUACAUAAUCCUUUGUGUCCACUGCUUCUAUGCCAACGGUAAACAAGAUGAAAGAAAACGGAAGGAGGCAGCGUAGUAGAUGGGGAACUAUUGAAAACUGCCCCUUCAGUCCAGCCGAAAGAAAACGGGAGAAGGCAACAUGGGCAGGGAAUUAUUGAAAACUGCCCCUUCACUUGUCCAGAAGAAAAUGAGGCUUCAUAGAAAACGAAGAGGCGAGAGUUGCGUAAUCUUGCCAGGGAGGACUAAAGAAAAGUCUUCUACGAAUAAAAAAAGAAGAAAAAAUAAAUAAAGGAGGGAAGAAGAUAAUUUGUAUCUGACCUCUCUUAAGACUUGCUGACCCACUGACCUCGCUUGCUGCCCACCACACGACACACAGGCUUCUAUUUUUAUCGCUCCUCCUCGUCUUCCUUCUCUUUAUCCUCUUUCUCCUCCUACUCCUUUUCCGCCGAUGCUGUUUUUAUCUACUUUUCUCUCGGUCUAAUUCUUCAAGCUUUCCUUCUUGCCUGUGAUAUUGUCAGGAUACUGGUGGUGGUGGUGGUGGUGGUGGUGGACGAAGAGGUGGAUGAGGUGGUCGUGAUGUGGUUGUGACUGGAAUGUGGUUGUAAUUUUCUUACUGGAGACAAAAAAAAAGAAAGAAAAAUGAAAAGAAAAUAAAGUAAAUGAAAGAAGCAAGAAAAAUUAGCUGGACAUGCCUUUUUAUGGUCAUCCAACGAAAGAAAAAGAGAAAGAAAGAAGAG